CGUAUAUAAAGAGGGCGGCUGCUACGGGGUCCUCUUCUUCGUCAACCUCCCGAUUUCUCUCUUAGCUCGCUCGCUCUCUCUCUCUCUCUCUCUCUCUCCAGAAGCCACUCCUCGGUGCACAACAACAGACGACAACGCCUCUGCGUCCACUAACUCAGCCGGCGAUUCGAGUUGGAAACCCCCCCUUCAAUUCGUCGCCGACUGAUCGCCUUCAUCCCCGUACACAUCUGCUCCAUAUCCACGAAAUCUAUUUAGUUCUCUCUAUCCGGUAAGAAUCCCCCCUCCCCUCUCUCUCCUCUUCGAUUCACUCAAUUUCGCACACUUAGAUGACUAGACGCCAACGAUCAUAUGUACGGUUCUCUACAAAAUUGGUUCGCUAGGGUUUUCCAAAAUUGGGGAUUUGUUGAAGUUCUUUGUGUAUAUGUACAGUUUAGUUAGGUCAUUUCUGUACAGAAUGUCAGAGUCCUGACAAGAAAGUUUCAGCCUUUUGGUUGGUGUAUUGAAGUGUUAGGUGUAGAGGUUCAAUAAAUCAGUUAUUAGGCUUGGAUUUGUUUUGAGUAGUAAGGAUGUCGUCGGCCGGUGUUGCGAUCUGCCCGUUUCCGAUUGAGAAUAAUGCGCUUUCCCCUGGUAACAUACACGACCAGCACAUCGUGAUAUAUGUGGCCGUGUCUGGCUCCGGCUCGUUGACUCCUAUGCGGGUUUUGGAGUCUGAUUCGAUUGAGUCCUUGAAGCUUCGGAUUCAGAAUCAUAAAGGGUUUGUUGUUAAGAACCAGAAGCUGGUUUGUGGAGGCAGAGAGCUGGCGCGGAGCGAUAGUCUCGUUCGGGAGUAUGGGGUGACCGAUGGGAAUGUUAUGCAUUUGGUUCUUAAGCUUUCGGACCUGCAAGUCAUCAGUGUUAGGACUUGUUGUGGGAAAGAAUUCACGGUCCAUGUUGAGAGGAGUCGAGACGUAGGGUAUGUCAAACGUCAGAUUGCUAACAAGAAGAGAGGUUUGGUCGAUCUUGACGAUCAAGAGGUGGUGUGCAACGGUGAGUGUCUCGAGGAUCAGAGGCUCAUAACAGAUAUCUGUAAAAAUAAAGAUGCGGUGAUUCACUUGUUUGUCCGGAAAUCCUCGAAAAUUAGGGCUAAACCUGUGGAGAGAAAUUAUGAACUAUCCAUUGUGGCUCCGCAAUCAAAUGAUAGGAGGGAUGAUGAUGUGCAAACAGAAAGUGGGCGUGGGACCGGUACCGAGAAUGGUGUUGUUUUACCUAUAAAGCCUCCCGAUAGAGGUAUAUGGUUGGAACCCAUGGUUGUCAAUCCGAAGAUUGAAGUAUCUUUGGUCCUCGAGGAUUUAGUUAAAUCAACAAUUGCAGGGUUAGACAGAGGGAAUUAUCCAGUCAGGUCUUCAGAAGGUAUGGGAGGAGCAUAUUUUAUGCUGGACGCUUUGGGAGAAAGGUAUGUAUCUGUUUUUAAGCCUUUAGAUGAGGAGCCUAUGGCUGUGAACAACCCUCAGGGGCUGCCCUUUACAGUGGACGGCGAAGGGUUAAAGAAAGGAACCAGAGUUGGGCAAGGUGGAUUAAGGGAAGUUGCUGCCUACAUUUUGGACCAUCCAAAGACCGGUCGCCGCUUUAUUUCCGGGAAUGACAAGGGAUUUUCUGGGGUCCCACCUACAACUAUGGUCAAGUGCUUGCAUGAUGGAUUUAAUCAUCCAGAGGGUUUAAGUGUCAAGAUUGGGUCUUUGCAGAUGUUCAUGGAGAACUAUGGAAGUUGUGAGGAUAUGGGUCCUAAUGCUUUCCCAGUUGAGGAAGUACAUAAAAUCUCUGUGUUGGAUAUAAGGAUGGCUAAUGCAGAUCGGCAUGCUGGGAACAUUUUACUGAGCAAAGGUGAAGAUGGCCGGACUGUGCUAAUUCCAAUUGACCAUGGGUAUUGCUUACCUGAGACUUUUGAAGAUUGCACAUUCGACUGGCUGUAUUGGCCACAAGCUCGCAAGCCUUAUGAUGCAGAAACUAUAGAGUACAUAAAAUCACUGGAUGCGGAGGAAGACAUUGCCCUCCUGAAGUUCUAUGGGUGGGAUCUGCCGCUUGAAUGUGCACGUACACUCCGUAUCUCCACCAUGCUUCUGAAGAAAGGGGCCGAGAGAGGGCUUACUCCAUUUGCAAUUGGAAGCAUCAUGUGCCGCGAAACCUUGAAGAAGGAAUCUGUGAUCGAGGAGAUUGUCCAAGAAGCACUGGAUUCUGUGCUCCCGGGCACAAGUGAAUCUGUUCUCUUGGAAUCAGUCUCGGAUAUCAUGGAUCGCCGCCUUGAUGAGAUCACCAAAUAAACGUCUAUGGAGAAAAUUAGGUAAGUGUAUGUGUAUAGGUACAUAUGUUUACGUACAUAUGUAUAUCUUCUAUGUACUUUGCUAGUUGAUUGUGGUGUGUUUUUCAUUUCUUUUAGCUGUUGCGCAAAUGACUUGACAUUGAACAGUUAUUUUAUACCUUUGAUUCGUUUGUUAGUCCUUUUUUCUUGGAAAAAAUUUGAUAUGGGACAGAGCAAUUAGGAAAUGUAAUGUGUUUUGUGUA